GAAUAUACGAUACAGAAAAAAGAGCAGAAGAAGAAGAAUUUAUUAGUGCCGUGCAAUAAUGGCUUCAGAGCAAUUGAGAAGAGACAACAAGACGGGCGAAAGAGCGGUCGAAGUGGAGAAGGAUAGAGUCCCGAAAAUGGCCAGCCACUUCGAGUCGCUGGCGGAGAAAGUCGCCGACGACACUGCUGCGGAUUUCCAUCCCGCCGCCGUGCGUGUUACUCAAACGACGGUCGCCACUACUGAACAUGAAGAUCAAGGCAAAACCGCACAGAAAGGAGGGAGGGCGGUGCACGACCAACAAACCCGCGGCACCACCGCUCAGCGUGAACACGAUCAAGCCAAGUCUUGGAAAGCAACCGAAGAAACCCAGGCCGGGAGACAUGAUGAUAUUCAACAAAACCGGCCUGUUAGAGUUGGAGGGAUAGAGUUCUACAGCGGCCAAGACGCCAGAAGUGGAAGAGAUGAAACCACAAGGCGGCAAGGAUUUGAAGAGCGACCUGGAGGGGUGAAAUUUGAAGUCCACAGUGGCCAAGGAGGAGGACAAAGCACACGGCUUCAAGGGCUUGAAGAGCGACCUGGAGGCGUCAAAGUUGAAGUCCACACUGGCCAUGGCGGUGGCGAAGAAAGAAGGGAUCAUAGUGGGCUUUCAUUGGAGGAGAUAGGGAAGUACAGACAAACUGCACAACAAAAAUCCAUUGACGCUCUUCAAACCGCUCAAAACAAGUACGAAAAGGCCAAAAACACUACGAAGGAAAACGUUCAAUCUGGUUCUCAGUAUCUUGUUGAGAAGGCCGGAGCUGCUAAGGACACUGCUCUCCAGAAGACCCAGCAAGCUUAUAAUGCCGCCAAAGAUACCACCAUUUCCAAGACACAACAAGCUAAAGAUACAUUUUCAAGCACAGGACAAACUGCAAAAGAUUACACAACCCAAUCCGCCAAGCAGACUAAAGAUACACUCUCAAGUGCAGGGCAAACUGCAAAAGACUACACAGUACAAUCCGCCCAGCAGACUAAAGAUACACUAUCAAGUGCAGGGCAGACUGCAAAAGACUACACAGUACAAUCAGCCCAGCAGGCUAAAGAUACACUUUCCGGUGCAGGGCAAACGGCGAAAGAUUACACAGUGCAAACGGCGCAGCAGGCUAAAGAGACGCUUUCAAAAGCAGGGCAAGCCGCCAAGGAUUAUACAGUGCAGGCUAAAGAUUACGCUUCACAGAAGGCAGGGGAGGCAGGGAACAAAGCUUCCGAGGCCAAAGAGCGCGGAACGGAGAUGAGCAAGAAUGCAGCGAGCUAUGCCGGGCAGAAAGUGACCGAGGCUAAAGACGUCACGGUGGAGAGCGGAAAAGGGGCAGUGGGGUACGCCGGGAAAGUGGCGGAGACACUGAAAGACACGGCCACCGUGGGUGGCUGGGGAGCCGCACAAUUAACCGCCGGCACGGCUGCACAGGCCACCAAGGUUGCAGCGGGAGUGGCAGCAACUGUCGCAGGGUAUGCCGGGAAAACGGCAGGAGCCGCCAAGGAUGUGGUGGCCGGAGCUGGACGGAGCGCGGCGGAUUAUGCUACUGACAAACUGGCGGCUGCAAAGGACUACGUAGUGUCCGCAGAAGAAAGCGCAGCAGAGUAUGCAGCUAGGAAGAAAGAAGAAGCUAAGAGACAAUCACAAGCAAAGAAACAGGAACCAACAAAGGGAGAACCCGGAGGGAGAAGUACAUUCACCAGCAGCGAGGGAAAACAAGAAACAAGAAGCGGAGAAGGCGAUAGGAGCAGCAUACUUGAGCCAGUGGGGAAAAUGCAGACGGAAUACUAUGAGGAAGGAACCGGAAACAAGGAAGAAGGAGGAGGCGGAGCAGGGGUCCUCCAAGCAAUCGGCGAAACUAUAGUUGAAAUUGGGCAGACCACUAAAGAUCUUGUGACAGGUAGUGAUGAUCAGACGCCGAGGUACGAUGAGAGGGAGAGUGAGUCCAGGGGAAUGGACACAAAAUCCUAUCAUCAUCGUACCAAGUAGCCACUUAUAAGUUAGUUCAUGCAAAAUAAGUUAUUUUAUUUUAUUUUUGUGUGUUUACUACUGUUUGUAGCUAGCUUGGGGUGUUUAAACCUUAGCAUGUG